AUGGCCUCUUUUGAUAUGAAAACCCUUUCCUCGGGCCCAGAUAUGGGGAGGGCUCACAUUUAUACCUUGAGCGCAUUCCUGCACGAUUUUAAGGCGCUCAUCAAUUUCACCCAUACCUGGACUCCCGAUUUAGACGCAUAUGUCGUUGCUGGGGGGGUUGUGUUCAAGGGACGGAUCGGCGGUGGCCAAUUUCGAUCAUGCAAUGCCCCAGGUAAAGCUGACCUUCCUAGCACCAUUUCUGCAGAUACAACCUCGAAUUUUCAGCAUUCUCCACGAGGAUUCGCUUUCUGGACUUACCAAGCAGACAUCCGGUCCUACGUCUUUGCCAUCCAGGAAUUCGCCCGCGGUCGGGACCUGAUGGGUCAAGUCGGAGCCCUUGGAAUAGCAGCAGCUUUCUUUCCCCAUGCCAGCGGCGCCAGAGACCUUGCAUUUGUGCUGGCUACGGCCUUCCGAUCUGUCACUGUACGGAGGCUGGACAACCUUGCAGGGGCGGGUACGGACACCCUCAACUUGAGGUCCAAGGCCAGUUUAGCUACGACCAUGUGCCUACCCUACAUACAAAUGCCAUCAACAAUAUCAAGAUUUCCGAAGCGAUACUGGAUCGUAGAAAAGCUUGUGAAAACUGAGAAUAUGGCGAUAGCAAAAGAGGAAUCGAGCUAG